AUGAACCUGGUUCUUGAAAUAGGCUGCCUAUCGCUCACGCAUAAGCUGGCAGCGGCGGAUUCCAUACACACAGAGUUGGGUAUAAUAUGUCGUAACAUCACCCGGUUACUUCGAGAGACAGGGAAUGGAGCAUGGCAGUAUGCGCCCAGGGAAGGAAACAUGGCAGCUCAUCUUAUGGCCCAUGUCAAGACCCGUUGGACCGAGAGGGAAGUUUGGUAUGAUAGGCCUCCGUUGAUUAUUGUUGAUCAGAUUGAGUUGGACGAUGUAGCCGCAACAUCUGGUUAA